GUGUCUACCCCAUACGUUCUGACUUCCGAGCGUUCGCCAGCUCCGCGUCCUUCGCUUCUCGUAGCCAGGGGCCGCGGCUCGCGCCCACCGAUGCUCCCGGGGCCGCGAGUCCCCCGCGAGCCUCCUCGCCGAUGAUCCAGAAGUCGCGCCCGGCGCUGCUGCCUCCUCCCCAGGAUGUCAGAGAUACGCUGCACCCCGCGAUCAAGGCCUUCCUGUGCGGCUCCGUCAGCGGCACCUGCUCGGCGAUGCUCCUGCAGCCGCUGGACCUGCUGAAGACGCGCCUGCAGACGCCGCCGCCCGGCGCGCCCGGGCGCAGUCGCUUGGGGAUGCUGGCCGUGUGCGCGAACGUGGUGCGCGCCGAGAGCCUGCGGGGCCUGUGGAGAGGCCUGAGCCCGUCCAUCGCGCGCUGCGUGCCGGGCGUGGGCAUCUACUUCGGCACCCUGCACGCCCUGCAGCAGCGCUUCCUGCCGGGCCGCGCGCCCUCCCCGCUGGAGGCCGUGCUCCUGGGCGCCGGCUCGCGCUCCGUGGCCGGCAUCUGCACCUCGCCCAUCACCGUGGUCAAGACGCGCUACGAGAGCGGAAGGUACGGCUACCGGAGCGUCUACGAGGCACUGAGCAGCAUCUACCGCAGCGAGGGCCGCCGGGGCCUCUUCCGGGGCCUCACGGCCACCCUGCUGCGCGACGCCCCGUUCUCCGGCAUCUACUUAAUGUUCUACGGGCAGACCAAGAGCCUGGCGCUCGGGGGCACAGAGCAGCUGGACCCGGCCCUCGUGCCCAUCGUGAACUUCGGCUGCGGGGUGCUGGCGGGCGCCCUGGCCUCCCUGGCCACGCAGCCCGCGGACGUGAUGAAAACCCGCAUGCAGCUCUCUCCCGGGAACGGCCAGGCCCUGGGCCAGGCCGCCGCCCUCAUCUUCAAAAACCACGGGCUGCGCGGCUUCUUCCAAGGCGGCCUCCCCCGUAUACUACGCAGGACGCUGAUGGCCGCCCUGGCCUGGGCCCUGUACGAGGAGAUGAUGGCAAAGGUGGGCCUCAAGUCCUGAUGAGAGAGGACAUUCCCCCCGAAACCACACCCGCAGCGCAAGGAGGUGGAUCUGCUCUCUGAGCCUGGUUCCGACCUGGCUGGGCUCGGACGAAGACGCCUGGGAGGCCGAACAGACAGGCGAUCGCCUCCAGUCGGAGGAGAGAGGAACGGAGAUCUUACUAGAACCUUCCAUCUCCCCCUGUGGAGAGGGAGCAGGGCUCGGGCGGCCUCCCCCCGCGUAGCAGAGGGAAAGGUCUGCCCCCCACCCCAUGGGGCCGGGACAUUGCUUCAGAGUCUGUCCCCCCUCCCCUCCCAGCGGGCUCCCCGCACCCUUGGGGCUGGGCCCUGGAUUUCUAGAUGCCAAUCCACGAGACACUGGAUGUGUUUGUCAGCCACGCAUGAGGUGACACUGGAAACAGGAGGACUGGAGCCCGUCAGGGGCUCCGGACCGAAGAGGCCCUUGACUUCCCAGCUUCUACGCAGCCAAAGAGUUAUCAUGAUUAUCCUCAUUAGUAUUAUUGGGGGGGGGUCACUCCAAUGUGUGAACUCUCUUAAAGUGUUUCUGCCAUUUCUUUCCCCUCUCCUCACCCUUAAACUCCCAGUGAAUAAAACAGAACAUUUAUCAUGAAAGCCGUUUUGUUGAUCUCAGUGGCACGCGGGGGAAAAAUAACAUGAACAUUUCCAGAAAAACAAUCG